CCGAACCCGGAAGGAAAACCCAGGCGUUUGUUGUGGUGCUUUCACUACACUGGAGUGGGACUCUUGUAAGAAAGUGAGACAUUAACUCUAUCGGUUCAGCGUUCAGAGUCAGGGAAAUUAAGUAUGGAUCCGGCGGCCCUGGAGCUGGACGCCGUGAAAUUUGCGAAAUCCGCCGUAUUCUACGACCAAACCGCAAAAUACGACGAAGCCGUCUUUUAUUAUAAGGAAGCUGCUCAGGCCCUGAUCUAUGCUGGAAUGGCGGGCUCCAAGCUGGAGAACAUUCAGGACAAGGUGAACGAGUAUCUCGACAGAGUGCAGGCGCUCCACAGUGCAGUCCAGGGCCAGAGCAGUGAUCCCUUGAAGUCGAAGCACCAGCUCGACCUGGAGCGCGCCUACUUCCUGGUCACGCAGGCCUUCGAGGAAGACGAGAAGGGAAACGUGGACGAUGCCGUCGAGCUGUACACGCAGGCAGUGGAGCUGUGCAUACAGACGGCCAACGAGACAGCUGACCAGGCGCUGGAGGGGAAGCUGAAGCAGCUGGCUCGGCAGGCGCUGGACCGAGCAGAGGGGCUGAGAGAUUCCAUGUCUAAGCCCACUCAGAAGGAGAAGCCAGUUCUCUCCAAAACCAGUACCCAGGCACGACCCUACCUGCCCCUGGGACCAGACUUCUCUCUGCACGACAAACCACAGGCAGUUCGGCCAGUCCAGUCCAGUGAGCCGCAGGGCCAGAAGUACACCGCCGAGGAGAUUGAAGUGCUAAGGCAGACGUCGAAAAUCAAUGGCAUUGAAUAUGUGCCUUUCAUGAGUGUCGAUCUGAGGGAGCGCUUCGCCUUUCCUGUCCCAUUUUCAGACAAAUCUGGCAAGUUGGCCCUUUCUCCCAAGCAGAAAGCAGUCUUUUCACGAUGGGUUCGACCUGAUGACAUCUGCAACAACCCCACCAUGAUCUUUACAGUCUCCAGCUUCAGCAUCAAACAGACAGUGGUAUCUGACUGCUCAUUUGUAGCCUCGUUGGCCAUCAGUGCAGCGUACGAGAGACGAUAUAACAAGAAGUUAAUCACAAGCAUUAUAUAUCCUCAGAACAAGAAGGGGGAACCAGAGUACAACCCCUGUGGAAAGUACAUGGUCAAGCUGCACAUUAAUGGAGUUCCCAGGAAGGUUGUUAUCGAUGACUACUUGCCGGUGGAUCGCAAUGGGGAGCUGCUCUGUUCCUAUUCCAGCAAUAAGAAUGAGCUGUGGGUGUCUCUCAUCGAGAAGGCGUACAUGAAGGUCAUGGGAGGGUACGACUUCCCCGGCUCUAAUUCAAACAUCGACCUUCAUGCGCUCACAGGCUGGAUUCCUGAGAGAAUUGCUAUGCAUUCUGACAAUCAAGCUUUCAGUAAGGACAGCACGUUUCGAAUGCUGUAUCAAAGGUUUCACCAGGGCCACGUGCUGAUCACCACGGCGACCGGGGUGAUGACGGAAGAGGAGGCCGAGAGAUGGGGCCUGGUGUCCACACACGCCUACGCAGUCCUGGACAUCAGGGAAUACAAGGGCAGUCGGUUUCUGCAGCUGAAAAACCCCUGGAGCCAUCUGCGGUGGAAGGGCCGCUUCAGCGAGCGGGACGAGAAGAGCUGGACCCCGGAGCUCCUCAAGUACCUCAACUUUGACCCCAAGAUGGCCCAGCGGUUCGACAACGGGGUCUUCUGGAUCACAUGGGAAGACCUGUGCCAGUACUACGAUGUCAUAUACCUGAGCUGGAGCCCUGUGCUGUUCAAAGAGUCCUCCUGCAUCCACAGCACCUGGGAAGCCAAGCAGGGCCCAGUAAAAGAUGCCUACAGCCUGGCUAACAACCCCCAGUACAAGCUGGAGGUGCAGUGUCCACAAGGGGGCGCUGCAGUCUGGGUUCUCCUCACUAGGCACAUCACAGACAAGGAUGACUUUGCCCAGAAUCGAGAAUUCAUCACCCUUGUUGUGUACAAGACAGACGGGAAGAAAGUCUACUACCCUUCCGAUCCUCCCCCAUACAUCGAUGGGAUUCGUAUCAACAGUCCCCACUAUCUGACCAAAAUCAAGCUGACGAGCGCGGGCACCCACACCUUCUCUCUGGUGGUGUCGCAGUACGAGAAGCAGAACACCAUCCACUACACGCUGAGGGUGUACUCUGGAUGCAAGUUUAAUUUCUCGAAGAUCCCUACUCCUUACACUCACUCGAAGAGGGUCAACGGGCAGUGGAAAGGUCAGAGUGCCGGCGGCUGCGGGAACUACAAAGAGACUCACAAGUACAACCCCAUCUACCAGUUCCAGCUGGAGAAAGCGGGGCCUCUCCUCAUUGAGCUGCGGGGCUCCAGGCAGUACAGCGUGGGGUUUGAGGUGAUCGCGGUCUCCUCCGUGGGGGACCCUGGACCCUCGGCCGCUCAGAAGAGGAGCAGUGGGGAUUACCGGUGCGGCUUUUGCUACAUGGAGGCUGAUUGUGUUCCUGCUGGAGUUUACAACAUCAUUCCCACCACCUUCCUACCCAAGCAAGAAGGCCCUUUCUUCCUGGACUUUAACACUACGACGCCGAUCAAGGUCUCUAAGCUUCAGUAAAGGGCAUGCCAAAGUCCAUGUUCUCAGGACCCACUGACUCAAGAGCGCAAAAGUUGUGGUCCUGGUUAACUUUUAAGCCAUCAGUGAAUUCAGGAGCUCGUCUGUAAAUUGAUGUUUAUUUUUACUGUUCGUGAAGAUGACCCAUCUCCAAUGGGUCGAAUGGCCAUGGUCUUUAACCAAAAAAGAAACAAUGAAAGAAUAACCUACUGACUUUGGGUAAACCUUUUGCACAGCGCAGCAAGUAUACUGGCAUCUAAUACACGUGUGGCUUAAUCAAACCAUCUACAAUCCAAAAUAAGCACACCAGAUCCUCAGUCACCUGUUUACCGUCAUUGUCCUUUUCUGUUUUCAAUGCAUUGUACCCUGUCCUGCUAGCACAUAGAUGUACGAAACACUUGAAGUGACUAGCACAUGGAUUCAGACCCAUCUCGGGACAGGGUAAUGAACUGGAUGUGUCCACGUCCAGCUUCCUGUAUGAUGUCUUUCUAGCUCCUGGGCUGAAUGCACACAGCUUUUUCUUUCUGCUCAUUGGUCUUUGUUUUAUGAUAUGAAGGGGCUUCUGUGAAUCACUUGAAUAGAGUCCAGAAGUAACUUAAUCACACCACAUAAUCAGUGAGCUGGUCAGUCUGAAGCGCAGGAGCCAGGAGCUCUUUUGAUUAUUUUUAUUACAAUCCCUUGAAUGCUGGAAUUUCUGUAUUUUUACAGACUCAAUAUAUGUUUUUAUGUGAUUUUGGAGCAUACUUCAAGUAAAGGUAUUUUUGUUUUCAUUCAGCGUUGCUAAGCACCAUUACAGUUAAACCAUAAGGUUAUGCCUAUGCACUAGUAAAGUACACUAAGGUGGCACUUUCUGUUUGUAAAAAUCUGUUGAUACUAUAAAGAGCAAAUUAAUGGAUUAAACGUAUUCUGUCACAAUAGAGAACUAAAGCUUUGUAAGAAGCUAUUUCGUUUACCCUGUAAGAUAAAAUGUUGAUGCUCUCACAAAUGUUUAUUAGAAAUAGAAUGAAGUUCUUUUUAUCCAG